AUGCACGGCUGUUCACCACCGUGGGGAGCCAGUCCUCCUGGGGGGCGGGGCCGAGUCUCCCCGAAGCUGCGGUCGCCUCGCCGCACCCAUGAUUUUCGCUCCCGCAGCUGGUCCCCCCAGCACCGCAGGAAGGCCGGCGGCGGCAGCCCCGAGGCGCGGCGCAGCAGGCGGGGCGGCAAGCUGGCCAUGACCCCGCCCCGUCAGGCCAAGGGGGCCAGGGAGUGCCGCUCUCCUCUGCCCCGCCGCUACCACAGCCCCACCUCUCCUUCACAGCCCCAGCCCCCUGCGCCGCUCCCCCUCCCGCAGCCCAGCCCGCCCCUACCACCACGGCCCACACACCCCAGAGCGCCCCCCGAUGGUGGCCGCUUCCCUGCUUCACCGCCAGAUGGCUACUCAGGGCGUGGCGGCCGCCACACUCCCGAGGGCUCCCCACCCACAGACCACCACCAGUACCACAGCCCCGUGGGGCAGUACCGCAGCUGCAUCAGUCCUCCCUUCUCCCGCAGCCCCCCGUGGAGCCCCGGUGGGGGGCGCCGCGCCAGCCCCAUGGGGUGGCGCAGUCCACGCUACCAACACCAGCACCACCACCACUACACUCCCCCGCCCCAUGACCGCUGGAGCCCCCAGCGCUCCCCAUGCUGUGCUACCCGCUCCCCGGGGCGCCGCUCACCACCCCCAGGCCACCGUGCCUCCCCGGGGCGGGGCCGCUCACCCCUGAGCCGCUCCCCACGCCACUCCCCGCGCCGGUGCCCGGGGCUGAGGUCCCCCCGCCGCUCCCCUUCCCCACGGGGUGAGGUGUACCCCUACGAGCGGCGGGGCUGGGGCGGGGCAACCUGGGAGUGGAAGGCGUCCCAACACCACAGCCCCAAGGCAGAGCAGGGGGAGGCGCGGUACAGGAGGGGCAGCGCAGGGGACAGUGCUCCCCUCAAGACAGACGCUGACUCCACCAUCAGCGACUCAGAGCUGCCCUCCGCUGCGCCCCCUGCUCCCCCUAAAGCAGCAGCAGCAGCAGCAACAGCCACAGCAGGUGUACAGCUGGCCCUACCCUCCACAACCACAGCAGUUCCAGUACCCUUAUGAUGCAGCUGAGGGGACUGACACUGCCACCACCACCACCACCACUGCCACCACCGCCACAACAAGGGUUAUUCAGGUGUUGCCCCAAUAUGCUUCAACCCCACAGCCCCACUCCCCCAUGACAGUGCAGGCAGGGAAUGUCAUACAGGUUGUUCCAGGGAGGUGGAGGUGGGCCACACACACCUGGGUUACCUGUGGCUUGGCUGAUCUCCCUCCUCCAGCAGCAAAUCCCAAGAAUCAACGAGGACAUUGUGGACCCAGAGAUUGCAACAGCAGCAAGAGAGAGAGAGAAGCAAGAGAGGAGGGAGAGGAAGGAGAGGAGGAGGAGAGAGAGAGGGAAGCCAGGAGGGAGGCACGUCAGAGAGAGAGGGAGAGGAAGAGGUUGAUUCUAUUACAACAACAACUGCAACAACAACAACAGUUAGUCAGUGAGGAGGGGGAGGGUCCGUCCUCUGAUGCUGAGGAUGAGGUAUUGUUCAGGCAGUACACAGGAGACAAGGAUGGGAGCUACUCUCCCCCUCCCCCUCCAGGGUCGCCGCCCCC